AUGGGGAGGGGUGGCGCAAAGCGCUCCACAAGGAGCACCAGCUCGACAAAGCACACGGUCCCUGAGCUGCCCACCAUCCUGCUGCCAGACCUUCCUGAAGAGAGUCUGAUCGUCAUAUUGCACCAUCUCACCUUCCCCUUUCACAAGAAGCUUUUGAAAGGAUUUGAGCUCUCCUCCUCCUUGGCCGUCGUUCCGCUCCUGGCGGGAACAUGCAAAGUAUUCAAUGCCAUGUUCAUGCAGGAUGCCAUUUGGAAGCUGCGAGAAAGUCUUGGGGGAUGGCGCGACGUAGCACGGCUGUUGCAUCAAGUCGAGAUGGUCUCCAAUGUCUUCACGCAACCUAGUGGAGUCUCGACCAGGGGAGACUACUUCAUGAACUACAGCAAUCGCGUCAGGGUGUGCCGAGAGCCGUAUACCAAGGAGGAAGCAUCCGGAGUGAGAGAAAGGAAAAUUUCGACGCACAACCCUCUGACGAUUUUCUUUCCUGCCAGAGUUCCUGAGCAGAUCCAGCAGUACCUAGAAUACAAUGAGUUUCUGUUCGAUGGUUCGGAUGCGAUAGAGCCCAACGAUGCAGAGAAGAAGAAGCGAAGGUUGCUGAAAGAAAGACAAGAGUUUGCGGAAGUGUUGACCGAGUGGUAUCGAUCAGCUUGGAAGGAUCCAAGGUUUGUGCAUGUUUGUCUCGAGGUAGUCAGCUUCGCCGACGAAGUGGAGUUGUCGGAGCCUUGGAAAGAUUCCUCCUGGGUGCACCAGAGGGCAGAGCGAUCGGCGGGAGGGAGGACGCGGGCGGCUGAGAGGCAGGUCAUGAGCUCCACCAGCAAGCCGCAGGACUCGGACUUGACGCCGAGGGAGAUGAUCCUCGACUUGCUGCCCGUGAGGUACUUCGAGAUCACCGUCGUUGCCAGGGAAGGAAAGGAUCGACACCAGACGUCUCCCUGGUGCGUUGCCUGUGGGCUGAGCGUGUCCUCAUGGACCAAGCAAAUGCGGAGAAAGCAGCCGGGAUGGGAUGGCAUGUCAGCAGCUAUCCACUCGGAUGACGGGAGGUUCUUUCACAACAAUCUUUCCACGUUUGAAGAUUGUUGCUUCGGUCCUGGAGACACGAUAGGAUGUGGUUUGAGAUUGGACAAUACCUUCCCUGUGCUCUUCUUCACGAAGAAUGGAAAAGUUGGCGUGGACUCUCUCGACAUCGUCAAGAUGAACGUGGGAACUUAUCCCUUCAAGUUCGACUUGACCAGCUCCGUGCUAUGGCAGAACUUGUUCGUGAGAGGGUCUUUCAUCAAACCGCAAGGCUUCUACGACGAAAUCGCGCAGAUUCCGUUGAGAAUGACAUUCUUGCUCAAGGCACAAGACGUGACGGAAGCUAAAACGCAGCCAAACUCCCUGGAUCACUGGAAAUGCUGCCCUCUAUGUAGGAGGAGGCGCGAGCGCUGGCGGGGGCUGACAAGGUCGACAGGGUACGCGGAGAGAUGGCCUCCAGAGGACGUGGCGAAGCAGCAGAGGGAGUGGAUGAGAGCGAUCAGCUACGACGCGAGGGACUGGGCCAUUGCAGCAAGAGAGGAGGGAGAGGAGGGGGACGAUGCGGACGAUGGGGACUCAGAGGGGGUUGAGCUGGAAUGGUCGGAUGAGGACGAGGACGAGGACGAUGAGGAGGAGGAGGAGGAGGAGGAGGAGGAGGAGGAGGAGGAGGAGGAGGAGGAGGGAUGGGUUGACGAAACAGCAAAUGUCGAGGUUCACAGCGACAGCCUAGGAGACGACAGCGAGUAUCAAUUGAGCGAAGAGAGCGAAGAGAGCGAUUAG